AUGUCCAAGUUGGUACAACAUUCAAGCAGUACUUGUGCCUUUUUCGUAUUCCUUUUGACAAUUUUGGGAGAUUUGACGAGUUGUGUAGAAGCCAAGGCAUUUUUCGUGUUUGGGGACUCAUUAGUCGAUAACGGAAACAACAACUACUUAGCCACCACGGCCCGAGCGGAUUCUCCACCUUACGGCAUCGACUACCCGACCCAUCGCCCGACCGGCCGUUUUUCAAAUGGGCUUAACAUUCCGGAUAUAAUUAGUGAAAAAAUGGGGUGGGAGCCCACAUUGCCAUACCUAAGCCCAGAGCUUAAUGGAGAUAAACUACUUGUUGGUGCCAACUUUGCCUCUGCUGGGGUUGGUGUACUUAAUGACACUGGAAUCCAAUUUGUGAACAUUAUUCGAAUUUACCAACAGUUGAGUUACUUCGAGCAAUACCAGCAGAGAUUGAUUGGUGUAAUUGGAGAAGAAGAGAGUAGAAAUUUGGUGGAGGAUUCGUUGGUGCUGAUGACAUUAGGUGGUAAUGACUUUGUCAACAAUUAUUAUUUGGUCCCUUACUCUGCCAGGUCACGCCAAUAUGCCCUCAAAGAUUACGUCCCUUUUGUCAUCUCCGAGUAUAAAAAAGUCUUACAGUCUCAAAAUUCCCGAUCUGAGAGCCUCCUCACCGGAGCGGGGGGCGCGGCCAGUGGCGGCGCGGGAGUCGAUGCCUCUUUUUCCGGUCAGUCUGGUCCCCGACGAGCGGCGGUCCUUCUUCGCGUGGAUUGCUUCCUACCAGAGAUGCCAUGGCGAGGAGUUGGUGCGGUCGUCGGUUUUCUUGUCAGGGGUGCAGUGGGUUGGGCUUGA